UUCCAUUUUACCAGACUUGGGACUAAAGACCAAGAUGGCGGAUGCCCCAUUAUAGCCUAGACCAAAGAUAGAAACCGCCUCGUCUACCAAACCAGUCAUGUCGCAGCGUUCGAAACAACCCCCGCAACACCAAACGGUGACGUCAUCAACUCCUUUGAUGACGUCGGACCGUCCUCGACGGAUCCUGAAACUGCGCCGGCCGUGGUCACCAACAGUCAGUCAGCCUACAAGCACGAAAGUCAUCAAAGAGGAGGCAACCUCAGAAAAGGAAACCACAGACAAUAGUGCUGAUGAUGACGAUGUUGGUGACGGUGAGGACGAUGUUUCUGAUGUAGAUUACAGUGACAACAGCAACGAUUCCACUUUGUCUAUACCAGAGUGUGCUCUUCAUAAGCGCAGGUCAUUCUCAACCAAGGAGAAGCUACCCAUCGUGGCCGAAGUCGAGAACGGCUGCAGAAAUGCCAACAUUUGUCGGAAGCACGGCAUCUCGGCUUCAACCUUGUCUACGUUCGUGAAACAGAAAGACACCUAUGCAACCGUUUCCCGAGAGAGCCUUUCCAAGGCUGAGAAGUUACGCAGAGUGAAGCGACCAUGCCGGAACCCGAAACCGGACAAACCGACAUUCCCAACUGGCAGCGAAUCUUCAGAUGUAAAAGCUAUCAAGCUGGAGGUAACAAGAACAGAAGAUGCCAGUGAUAAUGAUGUCAAUGAUGAGACUCCUGGUAUCUCUGAUGAUUGUUCCGAUGACGUCACUAACGACACCAUUUUGCCUCCGCCAAGUCGAGUCGCUCGGCGAGGUGCUUUUAAUAAGUCACUCUCGGUGAGCGAAAAGCUCGCCGUUCUCGCAGAAGUUGAGAGUGGCCGGAAGCUGGCAGACGUCUGCCGGGAGUAUGGCAUCGCUUCUUCAACUGUAUCGACCUUCAGGAAUCACAAAGACGCCUACGUGAUUGCUGCUCAGGAAGGUCGCUGCAAGGCCAAGCGACUGCGUCGGUCCAACAAAGACGACCUAAACCGCGCGUUGCUGCGCUGGUACCACCAAACCAGACCCUUAGGAAGCGCAGCAAGCGGUUCCGUUCUCCAGAGCAAGGCCGAAGAACUGGCCAAGCGCCUCGGGUACAAAGACAGUACCGUCUCAUAUGGCUGGAUUUAUCGUUUCAAGAAGAGGCAUUCCAUAAACAUGCGUGAUCAGCAGCCCAAGGAAGCCCAACAGGACCUCGCCGACGCAGACGCCUGGCUGACCACCUCGUGGCCUCAGAUCCGCACCGGUUACUCAGCGUGGGACGUCUUCAGUGCCGUCGAGAUCGGCGUCCUCUUCAGAGUCCUUCCCAGCGAUGCUCAUCAGUUUCGUGGCUCAGUCUGCGAGCGAGGCCAGCUUGCCAACGAGAGACUCACCGUAUUCCUCUGCACGAACAUGGCGGGUGACGAGAAGAGGCCGCUGCUCGCCGUGGGCUGUGCACCCUUGUCAAAGCCGACCGUCGCGUCCGGUGUACGGUAUGGCUUCAAUGAAAGGUCCUGGAUGACUCGCGAGAUCUUCGUCGAAGAACUGAAGCGUUGGGAUUGUGAGCUGAACACGCGGAAGCGAAAGGUGCUUCUGCUCGUCGACCGCUGCCCCUGCCACCUGGUCGACCGGAAAGUCGGCCUGCGGAACAUCGAGGUCAUCUAUCCGCCGCCAGACGCUGGAAGACGUCUGCUGCCUCUCGAUCACGGCGUGGUCCAGGUGUUCAAGAGACGCUACCGGAAGAUCCUCCUGAUGCACACCAUGCUCCAGGAGGUAGAGAGGCCGCCAUUGCUGGAAGAAGCGCUCAUUCUCUUGAAUGCAGCUUGGAAAGAGGUGAACGAUCCGACAAUUCGGCUCGCCUUCGCAGCUUACAGUCUCCGCAGUGACAACCCUCUGGAUGACGCACCCGCCAACGACUCCGACAAUGUCCCGCUUGAAGAGUGGUCUUCCCGAUUCAAUCUAAGGGAGGAUUUAGUGAGUGGAAUUUGUGAGUACGACUGUAUAGACGAUUUCCUCGUGACGUCGGGAAAGGUGGAAAUUGAAGGACUCUUCGCAUCCCCUAUGGAUGUUGGCACUGUGAAGGUAGAAGCCUCCGAGAGUUUGGAAGAACCUUCGACAUCUUUGGUUGGAGUUUUGAAUGCUGUGGGCAUGCUGAUGGAGUUUUGUGAAAAGUCGGCGGCGGCAGAGGACAGCAGCGUGAUGGAAGCUUUGGUAAGACUGCGAACAAAGGCGGAAGCGAUCGCAUUUCAGAGUACAUAUGGGCUAAAGAGUGAAUGACCUGUGCAACCUAGUGAAAAAAAGCCACAUGAACCCAUGUCCCAUACUGAUGAAAGACCCGUAUAAAAAAGAAUCUAGAAAUUAAGUAGUUUUAUCAGUGGACUUCACACUUGUGGACAAAUACAGUCUCUUAUAUCCAUACACUUAAUGAUGAAAUAUUGUUGGCUGCUGAGCACCAGAUGCAUUUAAUUAAACUGUCUGUAAUUGGAAAAUGAUUAAAUACACUUGAAAGAAAA